AUGUCGUCCCUUUCGAUCGAUGAUGAGGCUCUCCUUGCUGGCAUCAACUGUCACAUGCGUCAUCUCAACAAUGGGACUUUUACAAUGGGAGAUCUCGCCCGUUCAGAUCCGGAUUUGUAUUCGUGUUCGGGUUCUGAUUCUGAUUCUGAUUCUGAUUCUGAAAGGAUUGUCGAACCACGCGAUCUCGUUUUCAAUGUGAAUACGAUCCAGAAAACUGUUGAAAAGGGUACGAAAGCUCGCUUUCGUGGUGCUGCUCGUCGUAUGAUGCCGGGACGUCGGCAAGGAAGAUGCAGCGCUUACAAAAUGCACCCGGGAUUCUUUGCCGAAAAGUUUAAUCGCGAUUUCACGAACAUUUUGGUCGAUCAGCAACCAUUCUCUCGUGGUGGAUCUCAUUACAUUCGCCCACUUGGGUCAAUGCGUUAUGCUCUCGAUGUUCUUAACAAAUAUGGGGACAAUGCCUGGCUCGGAGACCUCGGAGGAGAGCGCCCAAUUGAGAAUGGCUCUAUUCAUGGCGAAUGGCCAGUUGCUUACCAUGGAACGACGGAUCCACGUGCUGCAUCAAUUGUUACUAGUGGUGGACUUGAUUUGAAAAAAGGCCAUCGUUUCUUGUAUGGACACGGUAUCUACUGCACUCCUGAUCCAAAGACUGCACUUGCUUAUGCAUCUCCCUACAAACACAAUGGAAAAUGGUACAAGUUGAUCCUUCAGUCUCGUGUCGAUCCAUCUCAUCGUGAAAUUGUGCCCAAGUCUCAACACGACAGCUCGACGACGAUUGUCGUGCCGAAGAUUGCUCGUUACUUUAUUUCGUUGCUGGGAUUUGAGGUAACAAAUUCUCUUGAUAUCAAUUUGUUCUACUACGUUUUCAUGGGAAUGGUGAUCGUCUUCUGCACAAAUUCGAUCAUUAUUUACCCAGGAAUCAACGAAUUGGAGGUCGGUCAAAGUCUCGUCAUUGCGUCAUCGAUCACUUUAUACAAUGUCAUACAGCUAUAUCGCCUUCAAGAUCCGAUCGAAUGUUGGUACAAUUGGUUGUCAAUCUACUUUUUGUUACCAUUCAUCACAACAUCGUGGAUCCUCUAUAACUUCAAUAAGUAUCCGGCUCGCGUUUUCGUUGGUGACACGUACUGUUAUUGGGCGGGCAUGACGUUGGCUGUAGUGGCAAUUCUCGGACAUUUCUCAAAAACGGCGAUGCUUUUCUUUAUUCCACAGGCAUUCAAUUUUAUCUAUUCGACUCCUCAACUUUUCCAUCUUGUACCUUGCCCGAGACAUCGAUUACCCAAAUUCGAUUCUAAGACAGACACAGUCGGGAUGAGUUUUGCCGAAUUUAAGAAAUCCGAACUAAACCGAUUCGGGCAAUGGGUAGUGACGAUUUUGUCGACGAUUGGCCUUCCGGAGAAGAUUUCGACAACGAUGGAGAAAAGUAAAGAU